AUGUGUAUUUACUGUUUGCUGACAGGCAUUGGUCAUGAUGAAGAGGUGGAUAUUGAAAGACUACCUGAUCCUAUUCCACGUGGAGUGUUCAAGCAAGUUAUACCACAUGGACCACCGACUUACAUUGUAGCUGAUCUGGAAACCACUGAUCUAAUAAGGGGAGAUCAAAUUCCGCACAUCACCCAGAUAGCUGCUGUUGAAAUGUCAACUGGUUCUACAUUCAACAAGUAUGUUAUCCCAAAAAUUCCAAUCACAUCAGCUGCAGAGAAUGUUACCAAAAUUAUUAUGGUUAAUGAAAAGGUGAUGGCAGUGGAUGGUGUGACAGUGGAGCCAGUUCCGUUACAUGUAGCAUUGAAAAAAUUUCUUUCAUGGCUUGAAUCGUUUGACAAUAUUUACAUUAUUGCCCAUAAUGGAAGGCGAUUUGACUUUAUAGUAUUGACAGCAGCAUAUAAAGUUUGUGGAUUGCUACCAAAUUUCUUGUCGGCUAUCACAGGGUUAGUAGAUUCUUUACCUGUGUUCAAACAUGUGUAUCCUAAUAGAACUUCAUACAAACAAGAGGAUCUAGCCCGUGAUCUUUUGUGCAAGGGCUACAAUGCACAUAAUGCAGAAGCUGACGUAAAAUGUUUAUCGGAGCUUGUGUCCCUGAUGGUGUCAACGCAAAAUGAUUGUAUGAUUGUAAAAAGUUUUCCACCGAUUGAUAUUAAAUUCAAUAUGGACUGUAAUAAAGAAAAAAAGAAAAAUUUUCCAACUCUCGAAGUACUUAUUGCAGCUGGGGUGAUGAAGAAUGCAACUGCUGACAAUAUUGCAAGUUCCGGUCUGAACUUUGAACACUUAAAAACAAUAUUCAGGAGAAAAGGAGAAGAUGGACUGUUAAAUGUUUUUACUGCGAAAAAUAGUGAAGGCCAACCUCGAGUAACCAACGCAAAGAGGACUCUAGAGUCUGUGGUGCCUAAACUUGCAGCUUACUUUGAAAAAAAUUGUUAAAGCUCAUUUUGUAUGUGCAGUAUUUUCUAAAGGGUAAUAUGGUAAACACAUAAAACAUAUAAUGUGUUACACUUAUGCAUUAUGAUUGUAUAUUACAUACAUGUUCUACAUACUUUUGGAUUGUGUAAUGUAUUUGCAAGUAUUAUUUUUAUUUUUCAUGUUUGGUGUACUCAAUCUAGAUAAAUUUGGAAAACAUGUUUAUCAAAACUAGACUAUAUAUGAGUUAUUUACUACAACACUUUCAUAACAUUGAUGGCAUUAUUUGUUAAAUGUCAGACCUGAUUUUUUGUAUGGAUGGAAUAUGACUAAAUGUUAUUUUUAAAAAUAGUGAAAUGUUAGUGGGUGGGAUAUAGGCUCAUAUUGUUCAAUUUUUUAGUGUUAUUAAUACUAUUUUGAGCCUUGAAAAGCAGUUUUUUCACAAUAGUUUAGCUAAAACAUUUGGUAUUAAAUGUAUUACUAUUUUGAAACAUUAAUUUAUGAUGGAAGCAAUCUAGUUAUGUUUAAAUUUUGAUUUUUUGCUACAUAAACAAAUUUAUUCAGAUUUUUCAUGUGUCGACCAGUGAGCGACAAUAAAUUUGAAAACUUUUUUUUUUCAAAACUAGACGGUAAAUCUUUUUGUAAUUUGGUACAAAGCUUUUAUACAUAUUGAUAUCAAUUUCUGGUAAAUUUCAGGUCUGUCACUUUAUUCAUUUUUUUUUGUCGAUUUUUUAAAAACGUUCAUAGUUUUCUGAGAGUGGUAAAAGCUGGGGUGGGUGGGGUAAUGAUUUAUUAUUUUUUUCAAAUAUGUUGAAUGAAAUCAAUAUUUAUGAAGUAUUGUAUUGUUGAGCAAUAUAUUCUGUAUGACAUUAGGCCAGUAUGAAUGAAAUUUUCUUUCAGUUUCAAUAAAGAAGAAUUUUUAUUUAUUUACUGUUGGUUUGAUUUUUGAAGGUUAUGGGUGGGGGUACAAAAAUAACAAUUACUACCUUAAUAAACGGUGAAAGUUUUUAUUAUUUCAUGUGUAAGUGUCUUACCUGAUAUAGAAAAGAACUAGCAUGAAAUUUUUUCAAAUUGCAAUAUUGACCAUUAUGGGGCUCAGACC